CCCAGUGGAAUCGAGCGAGUAUUGCAUAGCCUGACAGCUUUAAUAGAAGCUGCAGCCUUAGCUAAUGCUACCAUUCAUUAGUAAAACUAGCCACCGCAUUGCAUACUGCUGGUGGCUAUGCGUGCGCUGGGUACAGUGUGGUAGGACAUGGUGAGGUAGCGGUACUUCUUAUCAACGCCAGUCCGGUUAGCGAAUAGAAGCUGCGCUAUGACAGCGGGGUUUUUUGUGCUGUUCUAUUGCAAUGACGCGCCGUUGCUAUUGUCGCCAGAUAUGCUCACGCUGAUCAUUGUAGCAUAUCCGACAGCGCCGUAGUAAAAGUAGGCAGGCAAACUUCAACAGACUCAACAGCAAGCCGACGUUGUUAAGCGAUGUAAUAUGAACUAAUGUAAUAAUAAUUGCGGGUCACGCGGAACAGACACAGGUCGUUAUUAGUCGCUAUAGUAGUCCAGCUGGUUGCAAACUCGGUAACAACAGUAACAUUACCAGUAGCGGGUCGGCAGAAAAGCAGUUGUGUUCUUUCGUUGCGAACUGUACUUUAUCGUGUAUCGAAAUGGUCUACGUUUCUACUUUUUUCGCUGUUAUCGCCAAGAGGACGCGCGACAGAAAGGAAGCGCUCACCAGCGGAGACGACACUCACUCGUCUUAAUCACUUACCGCUAUUCCCUGUCAAGACCCGCUAGCUAUCGACCGCAUAACAAUUAGCAGUGUUGAUGCCUCAUGACGCGCCACGAGUGGAAAACGUACGUUACCACUAUAAAACUACAGCUAACCCACGUCCACGAUUCUGUGAACGUGUGCGCGUACAGGGCGCUACUCAAGCCGACUGGCUGAAGAGUUACGCUUUAAUCGAUCGCUGCGUGCAACGUGUGUGUAAUGCGGAUAGCGAGUUUACAAUCUUCGUUGCGUUGAUGGCGUAAUCAAACUUGUCUAUUAUUUCGACGUGCAGUAAGUGGCUAUAAGACAAACGGUGCUUCCGUGCUUGUUAUUUGUGGUUCUCCUUUUCGUCAAUGAACAAAUGCAAAGUAGCUGGUGUUGCCUAUUAUGAGGCCAAGCGAACGAGCCAGCUAACAAUGUCCCAGCGGAGAUAGAUCAGUUCGGCAGCCUGUGACCACGAUUUACUAGUCUACUGGCCCUCCUGUGUGGGUGGAGAUCGCUGCUAACGCUACCGCUGUCAGAGCCGAUUCGCGAUCAGAAGUGGGAGCGAAGCACUAUUACAAAUAACCUAGCGAUCGAGGAACGGCGGUGAAGCCAGCCCUUUCGGAAUUAAGUUUGAUUUUGUUCAAUUAUAGAUCCUUACGCGGUCCGAAAGAGUGUUUUUCAGCUGGACGUGAUAAAGAGGCAGUAAUACUACUACUUGCAAUAGUAGUUGUAAUCGCCGUUUUCGGUCAAGGAGAGUGUCGCAGCUGAACGUUUUCUAUUCGCUUUGACCUGUGGGCAUCAAGCCGGAUCUGUUUAGCGAUAGAGUCAUUGAGAUUGAGAGAGAAAUCUUUGAUCGGAUUUGGCUAGCCAUCGCCUCCAGCAGACGGACGGGACACUGUAACACCAACAGCAGCAGAAGAUAUAAGCAAUCAACAACUACAGCAAGUGAAAAACAAGCGAACGGACGUAAUAGCGUUGGCCACAGCGGCCGGCUAAAGGCAUUCAGACAGCGGCAGAAGUCAAAGCACGCCGGGAUGUCGAGCGACGUGGGCCCGAUGGCUACGGCGGGCUCGAACGAGCCCACGCACACAACAAGAGAGUCGUCGUCCAACAACAGGCGAGACCCCUCGUACGUAGGAAUCAGUUGCACAAAUUAUGGCUAUGCAGACUACUCACGUCUAAGUCGAAACUUUACUCCCGUCAGCCGAGUAGCUUUGGAUCCUCCACCUGAAGGAGCGCCGUUUGCAACUGCCCUCACGAAUAACGCCUUCCACAACCUUAGUGCGGUUUGUUCACCUGUGAACGAGAUUCGAAUUGAGACUGCGUUCGAGGUAGCAGCUCCUCAACAAAACGGAGGUAAAAACGAAAGACCAUCGAUAAUAGCUCAGCGUAUACAGUCAUUAUAUGGUGAAAAGACCAAAGAGGAGUUUAAGAAACGUUCGAAGAGCGCAGGGCCUUUUCAAAGAAGUCCCUACGAAAUACCCAGUUAUAAGGCUGGUGUUCUAGACUCAGGCAGCAAAUUUGAUAUAGAGAAAGAAGAACUACGGCCGUCCAAUUUUCCAAAAAGCGUCAAGGAAAAAACAGCAUUUGUAGAGAAGCUGAUUAAGAAGGAUGUUAAGGAAGGAGUGAAGCCGCUUGAAGAGCUCAAAAAGCCGCCAAGGUUCGAGAUCCCGUCAAGGCAAAAAUCCGAAGAAUAUUACAGACAGCAGCGCGAGAUUGAAAAACAAAAAGCCCUGCUUUUCAGUCAAAGGUUAAAGGAAGCUGAAGAACGCCGCAAGGCUCAGGAAGCCGUCGAAGCAGAACAGCGAAGGGUCGCUGAAGAACGGAGGGUGACUGAAGAGCAACUUCAGGCAGAGUCAGAGAAACAGAAGCAUUCAAGGAGCACAGUUGAAACGAUACCUCAAUACAGCAAGGUUGAGCGCGAACAGGUCCAAGUGGUAGAGCUUAUAAACACAAGUUUGGGAAGUAGCGAUUCCCUAAUCGAAGGCGACGGGGACGCUGAUACGGUGGCAACCGACGGAAGCAGUGCUCACACCAGUCGUAGUGCCAAUAUAAGUGAAGAUCAAGGCGUAGAUGAGAUCGACCUUGAACAACUACAACGAGAGGUUACGAUCAGAACGGAGGAAAUCACAGAAACCCGGGUCGAGGAACUGGAAGAUGGAAGUUUUAUCAGCGGUUCGACGAUUACGAAGACAACCACAGUGGUGAACAGUUCGGGCUGUCAAUCCGCCGGGGUCGAAGAGGUAUUUGGUGAGGAUACCACGGGCGAGCUAAGCUCUCUGAAUAAGGACAGUUAUAUCUACGCAAAGGAGAAGGAGAAGAACGUCACAAGAGAGAUUGGCGAACAGGGCAAGCAGGCAAGUCCGCAUCCUGAUACUUGGGAAGGAUCAUCGGGAAUAACAGAAAUUGAAGGAAGUGACGAAGCAAUGGCGGGGAGAGAGUUUCUCACAAAACUUGACGAUGCUGAAGAUCGUAUCCGCAAGAGGGUGCAAAUUACAGAGGAAUAUCUAAAGGAGACUCACUCAGAAGAAGUCCAUGGUCGUCUACGGGCUGCGAUUGGCAAAGGCAAUCUGUUGAUCGCACAAAAAUGCAAACAAUUCCGUGGUCUAUGUGAGAAAAACUUAGGGGAGCCGGUUGAAGGCGAGUUUCCUACUACUCGAGGUGAUCUCGAAGGAUUUUGGGAUAUGAUCCUUAUUCAAAUUGAUCAGGUGUUGGGUACGUUCACUGAAAUCGAAGCUAUGCGCGCCAAUGGCUGGAAGGAAGUUCCUAGGGAAAGUUCUCAUGCCAAAAGUACGAUUUCGGACUCGCCUGUCAAAAAGAAACUUCCUAAUCCGCUCAGACCCCGAAACGGGUCAGCUAGUGCAGACAAACAACGCGAGGAGGCAAGGAAGAGACUAAUGGAGGCGAAACGUGCCGCCAAAGAGCGUGCCGACCAGCCAGGCGGCGACACAGACGUAAUUUUGUGAAGGCACCCUAAGGAUCCGUUGGCGUUUAUCACUAAAAAGACGUGACGAUGAAAUUAAUAACCACUAUAAGUAAAAUUAAGUUUUGUCAGUUUUACUCACGAUUGAUUCAAUUUAUGCUACUGCUUGCAGCAAGCAGUUCACGCCAGCUUUAGCCUGAGCCGGCCAGGAAGCUUACUUCAGGACUAGUACAAACGACAAUGCUUCAGAUCAUUGUCGUUAUGUAUCACGACCAGCAACCAUUACGACGAAGAGUUAUCAUCAAAUUUUGUGAAAAAUGAAAACUGUUAGGACCCUACGCCAUGUGUGGAGAUAUUCGACGAUUUAGGAAGUAUCUGCAACAACGUUACAACUAUUGCAACUCGUUGAUGUAUAUUUGCGCGUAUGUCGUUUUUAUUUUAGAUAUACGCAAAUUAUAGUUUAUAAUCGUAUUAAUAUUAUUAUAUUAGCAGUAAUAUAGUAAACAGUAGUUUAAAUGUUCUAACUCGGUUACCAGGGGGUGAAGGUGUUGAUAAAAAAAAACAUGAAACAAAUUCAGGGAGAAACUGUGACGGUGAUGAGAAGCUGGUGACCAAAAUGAAGAAGAAUCUGGCACAAAAAAAAAUAACGAGAACGGCGACAACAACAUAAAACUAAAAAAGAAAACUAUUAGGUAUGUAGUGGUGUGAGCCAUAAUACAAGGCAAGAACACUUCGAACUGUCCAUUCCAGUACGCUUUGUUCGUCGUCUAUCAAACAUUUGUGUUUAUUUAUGUACAGGUUGUAUAAUUAAACGUAAUUUUAUGUCGAAAAGUUGCAUUUCUCUUGCGAAGUCAAAUUGGAUCUAUUUGCUUUAUUCGAAAAUUGCAUAAUAAUGUAUUAUUUGCGAUGUAUGUAUUUCACUCAUCUUGCUCGGGCACUGUAUAACACGUUCCCAUGUAACAAUGCGGUCCACUGUCUGAUUCCACGAAUUUUAUUCUGUCCAUUAUCAUUGGCUGGCUAAGUUUCAGAUUGAUUCUGUAGAAUCGUGGAGGGUUUGUUUCGAUGCGGUUCUCAAUAAUUUUUUUUUGUGCGAUGUCAUUUCUUUUCUAACGUUUUGUUGAAACUGAGCACUUCGGCAUGAGCACGUACCUGUUGAAUAUUAUUCUACACGUUGCAAUGAGUUUCUGGUCGCCUAACUGUUGUCUUAUACGAAAGGAGUGUGGUUCUUAUACCAUCAAUUUUCUAGCUUUCCUUUGCAAAGGUAUUAGUGCGCAUGAAUCGACAGACAGAUGCGAUAGAUAUGUGGGUUGUAUAGCGGCGAUAAGAAACUGUUUUAAGCUUCGUGUAUAGUAUUUGGCUUUCUAUCUACCAAUGUAGUACGGCCAAGCGAGAGGAUUCGGCAAAUUUAACAUUACCAUAACUAUUAUUCGAAAUUACAUGCAAGUCGUGGUCACUGACAGCCGAACAAACAUCGACUUAUAAACGAACGCGCCAUAAAACAGAACGAGUAGAUAAUGGCCAGCGUUUGUAGAAUCUAUUAUUUAUCAAUAAAAACACUGAAAUGAUACUAAA